ACCAAGACGGACUGGAUACCUGUGCGAUAAGAUGCAUGGUGUUGUGAAACAACAUAUACUGACAUGCGAGGGCAAUGGACAAUCCUCCUGGUGCUCGGACUUAUGUUUUGUGGGUUCCUGUUUCUCAUUGAUCGGCUACAAAAGACGGAAUCGAGGGACGGCCAUGAGAGGUCUGCCAAUGUUGAUGAAAUUGGCGAUUCUCCACUCAAAAUUAUUCGCAAGCAAGGUCACGUUGUCCUUCCGUCUAAGGAUGAGAUUGAGAGAAUGUCAGCCAAGGAAGCCUUUCGAACAUAUCACAGUUACCUUGACAACGUCGACACGAUAUGCCACCGGAAGCUGCGAAUGGGGAGGAUAGGUGACGGAGGAUGGGAGAUAUGCGACGAUAAGCAGUACCGUCCAGUAAAACCAUGUAUUGUGUACUCCUUUGGGAUCAACAAUGAUUUUUCCUUCGACGACGAUACAGCCAAAAAUUAUGAAUGCGAUGUAUUUUCAUUCGACCCAAGCAUGAGCCGGGCCAGUUACAAGAGGUCCCGCCAUGUUCAGUUUCUAAAGAUGGGAAUAAAAGGGACUGACACACGUCAUGGAGGAUGGGAACUGCACACACUUAAGACUUUCAAGAAAAUGCUAAACCACACAGGGAAGGUGAUAGAUGUCCUCAAGGCCGACGUGGAACGCAGUGAGUGGACGUCACUGCCGGAAAUGACGUCAUCUGGGGAGCUCAUGCACGUCAAGCAGCUGCUGAUAGAAUACCAUGGGGAUUGGCGUAAUAGACAUCAAUGCAUAAACAACUUAAAGAUCUUGAAAGACGUCCAUGACAUUGGGUUCAGAAAGUUUUAUGUCCACAAAAACCCUGCUUGUAACCAUAGAUCUCCUCUAUUCCCUGUGAAUAGGACACGUUGCUAUGAAGUCCAUUACGUCAACAUCAACGCCAUACGGCCCUAGAGCUGUUUCUCCAUUGAAUGACUGAGGUAAUGCAUCGGCAAUAUUUCAGCCAUAUGGUGACGAGAACAAUUCAUACAGUCAAAAUUAAUACAAGUAGAACAAAAACAACCUGUCGGCAAUGGAUAGUAAAAUUGCUAGAAUAUAA